ACUGUGGAAGCCUCUUACACUACUAUGUUUUAUUUUGUAAGUUUUCCAUCAGGCCAAAGAGGCUAAGAAAGUUGAUGAAGCAUGUAACGUGCAUCCACUACAAUUCAUGAAGCACUCUGCUAAUAUAAGGAAGGAAGAGAAUAUAUUUCCUGGUAUAUUUUGUGAUAUGUGCAUUAAUUCAGUCCUGCCAUUAAUGAGCACAUGAUGACUUCAGUUCACUGAACUUUUGGUGAACUUUCUGUACUCUCGUCAGGGUGAGCCAGAGUCGAAACAACAAGUACGUAAAUGGCACGGCCGUGGUUGCAAAUGUUGGAUGGCGUACGCACACACUGAUCAAACCAGAGACCCUGCCAGAAAACGUUACUGGUCUUGUGGUGCUCCCCUCCUGCUUCUCUCCACUCCCCAUCUCCCUUAUUUUGGGCACCUGUGGCAGACCUGGGAAUUCCGCAUACUUUGGAUUCUUGGAGUUGUGUAAGCCAAAGAAAGGCGAAACAGUUGUAGUCAAUGCAGCUGCUGGUGCAGUUGGCAGCCUGGUGGGACAGAUUGCCAAAAUCAAAGAAUGUUGUGUGAUUGGGUAUGCUGGGAGUGAUGAUAAGGUGGAGUGGCUGAAAGAACUGGGGUUUGACCAUGCAUAUAAUUACAAGACUGUUGAUUUGGCUGCAUCGCUCAAGGAAGCUGCCCCAAAUGGUGUUGAUUGUUUCUUUGACAAUGUUGGAGGGGAGAUGACUGCUGUGAUAAUGCAGCACAUGAAUACCUUUGGUCGUAUGGCUAUCUGUGGAAGUAUCAGCGGUUAUAAUGAUGACCGUGCAAAUAUGCCUAAAGUGCCUCAGUGGACUCCUGUUGUGCUCUCCAAGCAACUUCGUAUUGAAGGCUUCAGUGUUUUGCGUUGGAUGGAUCGAUGGAAUGAAGGAGUGCAACAGAUGGCAGAAUGGGUCAAGGAGGGACGAUUGAAGUAUCGUGAGACGGUGACAGCAGGGUUUGAGAAAACCCUUGAGGCUUUUAUAGGCAUGCUCAAGGGGGAAAACACUGGGAAGGCUGUAGUGAAGACGCCGAGAUGGAAUCCCUCCGAUCCUCGGCCUUCGCACGCCACUGGGCGCGAGGAAGAUUUUCACGCCCGAAGACGAGUUUCCCGUUACGACACGGCACGGCGGAAUCACCCGACGGAGAGAAAGGAGGCCCCUGGGCCAACGGACGAAAACUUGCUCGUCGAGAACGGGGAGGAGACAGCCCCGUCUGCCUCUAUGCCAGUCUGCCUAUAUGCCAGUCUGCCAGACGGGCAGACAGGUCUGUCUGGUCACAGACAGUCGCUUCGUCUCUGCGUCUCGCUGAUGUCGGAGUCAGGACCUGCGGAAUUGCACCACCGCACUCCAUCACUUCAUACGCGGAUCUUCUACGGCGUGGAAUCUUCUCGCAGGCGAAGUCGACCCAUUCGACCCAUUCGACCCACUCGAACCACGAAAUUUAAUCUGACGGCGAGCAGCGACUGA